GUAACAUUAUGAAACUACCUCCAAAACAAUGCGCAUUUAUUUUAACAAUACUCAUGUCAUUGUUAGAAAUAGUAAAAACUAACAUUCCUCAAGGCCCACCACAAAGUCCACCAAAGGCCCCACCACAGGGCCAACCACAAGGGCCACCACAAGGUCAGCCAAAAGUCCCACCACAGGGGGAUUCAGACAAUACCGAAGUUCCAGUAGGUGGCCUAAAUAAAAAAUACAGCAACAACGAUAUAGAUGAAGAUUUAGGCUCAACUAUUAAGAUCGGUGGGCCAAAGAAAUUAAAGCCAGGAGUAAUGUCGGACUAUCAACAUUCAGACAUCGUAACAAAAAAUAUGGAUGGAACCAUAAAUUGGAAUUGGGAUAGUACAAUGUUUAAUGUUGAAGGUCUGACUCUUAAAGUUGGAGGUAAAACUAUAAGCACGAAUCAAAAAUUAAAAAAGGAUGACUUGGACAGCAUAGUUGAAGCCUUGAAGCCGUUUAUGCAUAACCAUGACCUUAAAAGCACUGUGCAAAAACUAAAGAAUAUGGCAAUCCUACAAAAGCUGGAGAAUAAUAAGAAAGUAUUUAAUGUUGAAAAAGAUGCAAACUUUGAUGGAGAUAUUGAACUAACAGAGGAACAGACAUUAAUGUUUUUAAAAAACUUUCUGGUUCGGAAAAAUGGACAUCAUCUCCAAAAUACAGCAAUUCCGACUGAGCUUGAGACUAAAAAGAGAGACAAGCGUGAUGUUAGAGAACCAAUGGAAACAUAUAAAACCACGAGUAGACAUAGAACAAAACGCAAAGUUAAACCGUCCGACCAAUGGGAUCUGCCCAUAAACUACUACAUUAGCCGAGUGUACAACCAGAGUCAGGCAGCAGUUAUUAAAGAUGCUAUGAAGAUGUGGAGCGACAAUACAUGCAUGAGAUUCAGACAGCAAAGUAGUGUUGGAGCCCCAACACCCUUGUUUCAUUACAAUGUCAAUGCAGGCAAAGGGUGCUCUGCGAAUGUUGGAAGAUGGGACUCGGGGCCAAAUGAAAUAUCCCUUGAUGAAGCAUGUUUAUUGAUUGGUACUGUGGCCCAUGAAAUUGGUCAUGCAUUGGGCUUAUGGCAUGAACAGGCGCGUCCAGAUAGGGACUCAUAUGUUGACGUUUUUGUUGACAAUGUGAAUGACCAAAACAGAGCAAACUAUGCCAAGAUGAUGAUGUACCAGUCAAAGAAUCACGGUGUGAAAUAUGACUUAGGAUCGUUGAUGCAUUAUGGCAAACAGUUUUUCAGCAUAAGUUCAAAAGAUGCCAUUCUUCCAAAAGAUCCAAGAAUGAAUAAUGUCCUUGGUCAGCGGGCACGUCCUUCAGAAGGGGACUUUAUGGCCAUAAACAUGGCAUUUUGUUCCAAAGCAUGUACUCCUUAUAGUAGUUUAUAUUGGAGUAAAUGCCUGCAUGGGGGAUACAGGGAUCCCAAUAAGUGUGGCCAGUGUAGAUGUUUAGAUGGAUUUGGGGGAAAAUAUUGCGAAGAACCAGCAAGCUAUAAAAUAGAUAAGUGCGGAGGGGAAUUAACUGCAACUAUACAAGUUCAGACACAAGAAUCACCUGGUUAUGGUGGAAAAGGAUAUGAACCCUACCAAGAAUGCACCUGGUGGAUUAAGGCUCCCGAAGAUCACCUGGUUGAGGUUAGGCUAAUCGAGUACUUUGUUCUGCCAUGCUUCCGAGACGAGUGUGUAUUUGACUGGGUUGAGCUUAGAAUGGACUCAAUAGAGGAGCUAGGACAAAGGUAUUGCUGUCAUCUCGAACCUUGGAAAAAGGAAUACAAACACAUAUCAAGAUUCAAUGAAGCAAUGGUUUUGUUGCGUUCAUCCUGGACAAGGAAUACUGGGUACAUUUCUCCAAAAUCUGGAUUCAAAUUUCAAUAUAGAGCAGUGAAAAAGACUAAAGAUUCUCUUUGCAAGAAGUUAGAAUUGAGUGGAGUCCAAAUUGAAGCACAGAAGCACAGAGAAGGAAUUUAUGAGCUUGAAGCACGAUUAUACAAUGACAAUCCCGUCUACAAAAAUCACUUGGACGAAAAUUUCCUAUAUUAUUACAAAGGAAAAGCUGGUCCUUCCAUGUGGGCCGUAAGUCCAAUUGUAGGAUCAAAAUAUAUGGGAAUGUAUUCAAUACAGAGAAAACCAGCAGAUGUGUUUUAUCCAGAGAGAGCCAUCGAAUGGAAAAGCUCACAAGGACCAAGGUUCAUGACAGAAAAGAAUGUUAAAUUGGCGUGUGUUCAAGGCUACACUUCACCUGAACUUGUACUUGUCAAUGGCGGAAGCAAUACUAAAGUCACAGGCGUUUAUAAAAAACUACCAUCAUCUCCAUCAUUGAAACCUAAAUAUAAACACAUAUUUGAAAAGUAUUACAUCUUCAACCAUUUGGAAAGAGAAUGGCAUAUUUCUACUGUACUUGGAGAUGCAUCCUCGAGGAACUCAAUAUAUAAAGUUGUAGACGACGCACUUGACCCAUCUACAAUUGCAAAAUAUUGGACCGGCAACAAAGCAUUGACUAUACAGGAAAUGAAGGGAAAUGAAAUCCCCUGUACCAAAAUUGAAAUAGCGGGUACGCGGAGCAUACAGGCAAGAAAGAUGGGCGUGUUUACAAUGAUACCUGAGUUAAGUGAUCACCGAUUAGUAUAUAGUCAUGAGUACAUGGGGAUAUACCUCUACUUUAUAAACUUCGAUGUGGAUCUUCAGUACUGGCUGAUUGGUAGUACUGCAGGGGAGACAAGUGCUGGUGUGAGGGGUGUAUCAUCCAGUGUUACACCUCUAGGAACAGAUUUAUGGGAGGUUUGGUCAAUGUUUGACUGGGCAGUUGAUAAAGAUCUUACUCUAACAUGUUUAGAUGAUACAAUCGACAUGAACAUAUUCGACGAAGUUAUUCCAAUAGGGAAAGAUGAUCCUAUACCUACAACUUCUAUGCCGAUAACAACCAGCAAGGCAGCUAACCAUUGUUUGAGUGGAAACAACAGAUGUGCAAAAUCAACUGCAACAUGUUUAUAUAAUGGAAAAUCAUACAGCUGCGAAUGUAAGACUGGCUAUACAGGAAAUGGAUUUACAUGCAGAGACACCAAUGAGUGUACUACUAGGAAGCAUAAUUGCCAUCUACAAGCUGCAUGUCUAAAUAAUGCAGGCUCGUUUACAUGCAAAUGUAAACCUGGAUAUACUGGCGAUGGUGCAAAUUGUAAUGAUGUGGAUGAAUGCAUGAUACCUGGCACUUGCUCAAGCACCCAUGAUUGCAAAAACAGCCUUGGGUCAUAUAGCUGUAGCUGUAAGACAGGCUACACUUUGUCGGAAAACACUUGCAUAGAUGCCGAUGAAUGUAAAUCACGGGGUGCCUGCUUAAAUAACCAGGUUUGCAAAAAUAUCCCUGGUUCAUAUAUCUGUAACUGCAAGGCAGGCUACGCAAAUUCUGGAAACACGUGCAAAGAUUUGAAUGAAUGUUUGAGAUCCACAUCUUGUCACAGAUAUGCCACGUGCAUAAAUACUCCAGGGUCAUACACAUGCAAAUGUAAGAGUGGAUAUACUGGAACUGGAAAAUACUGCACAGAUGUGGAUGAAUGCAUGAUACCUGGCACUUGCUCAAACACCCAGGAUUGCAAAAACAGCCUUGGGUCAUAUAUAUGUAGCUGUAAGACAGGCUACACUUUGUCGAGAGAUACUUGCAUAGAUGCAGAUGAAUGUAUAUCUCGGGGUGCCUGCUUAAACAACCAGGUUUGCAAAAACAUACCUGGUUCAUAUAUCUGUAACUGCAAGGCAGGCUACGCAAAAUCUGGAAACACGUGCAAAGAUUUGAAUGAAUGUUUGAGAUCUACAUCUUGUCACAGAUAUGCCACGUGCAUAAAUACUCCAGGGUCAUACACAUGCAAAUGUAAGAGUGGAUAUACUGGAACUGGAAAAUACUGCACAGAUAUCAAUGAAUGCAGAACAUCUAGUACUUGUCAUAUUGACCAAACCUGUAGCAAUACUAUUGGCUCAUAUAGCUGUAAAUGCAAGCCUGGAUACAUAAAAUCUGGGAAUACUUGCAAAGAUGUUGAUGAGUGUCAACUGAAAAAAGAUCGAUGUCACUCGAAUGCUUUAUGUAUUAACACAAAAGGAUCACACAGAUGUGAGUGCAAUACUGGCUAUAGCGGCGAUGGUAUAACUUGUAGAAAAUUAUCAAGGAGUACACAUUCUGGAAAUGGAAAUACAAAGAUUAAAGUUAAUGAGUGUGAAGACGUGGGUUCUCAUAAAUGUGACAGAAAUGCUGUGUGUACUGAUACAGAUAAUUCUUAUACAUGUACUUGCAAAGCUGGAUAUUCUGGAGAUGGAUUCACAUGUAGUGCAAACAAAGGUACUAAUGAGUGUGCAACGGGACAACAUGACUGUGAUCCACAUGCAAUAUGUGAAGAUACCAUAACAUCAUAUGAAUGUAAAUGCAAGCCAGGAUUUACAGGCAAUGGUAAAACAUGUAAAGGUAAGAAAUGUAAAAAGCUUGUCUAA